AUGGACGACAAAGUCAAAUAUCUGCUCUCCCUCGGCGCUAUCCGCGACCGUGCUAAGAUCGUGGGCGAGGCGGCGCGUGCGGGGAAACUGAGCAACUUCGACGUUCAUGAAGACCGCAUGAACGAUGUCGCUGACUUUGUCACUCGCAUCAUUAAGCGUGACUACGGCCCGGACAAGUACCACACUAUCCCCACCCACGGUCGGUGGCAGCACUUCGACGUCGGCGGCAUCCCGCGCGUUGCUGGACUCCUCUCUGAAUGGAAAGCCGAGGGCGUCGAUGAUGUGGAAACCACGCGUCGGCUGAUUGAUCUGUUCUUUGUGUCUGUGCUGCUCGAUGCUGGGGCGGGGGACCACUGGCAGUACCAAGAGCCGAAGUCGGAUUUUAAGUAUGAGCGUAGUGAGGGGAUUGCAGUGGCGAGUUUGUGGAUGUUCAAGGCGGGCGCGUUUCAGAAGGGGACGGGUGGAGUGAGGGUUGAUGGCAAGGGACUUGAAGGGUUAAGUACAGCUGCUUUGGCAGAGGGUCUCCAGGUCGACGAGGGGAACCCCAUGGCGGGAUUCGAAACACGUGCGGAUUUGCUGAGGAAGUUGGGGUCCUCAUUCCUCGCAAUGUCAGAUGUGUUUGGCGAGGACGGCCGGCCAGGGAAUCUCGUCGACCACCUAACAGCCUCGUCCCCCUCGUCCCUCGACGUCCUCCCCCUCUGGGACAUCCUACAAACCCUGCUAAUCCCCAUCUGGCCGCAAGACCGCACAAAAGUAAACGGCCACUCCAUCGGCGACGCCUGGCCCCUCAGCACGCUCAAAUACGGCUCCACCACCACUACAGACACCGCAACAGACGAGUCCACCACCAUCCAGCCUUUCCACAAACUCACCCAAUGGCUCACAUAUUCCCUCAUGGUCCCCUUCACCCGCAUCCUCUCCCUCCCCUGGACAAACACCACCGCCUUGACCGCCCUCCCCGAGUACCGCAACGGCGGCCUGUUCGUCGACCUCGGCGCACUGACCCUGAGGCCACAGGCGCUGGAGCGCGGACUUGCGGGCGCGGGGUCCAAGGACGGGCUUCCCAUUUUCCACCCCGGAGACGAUGUGAUUGUCGAGUGGCGCGCCAUGACGCUGGUGUUGAUCGAGAGGCUGCAUAGUAUGGUGCUGGAGAGGCUGGAUGGCGUUGAGUUGAGUCUUGCGCAGGUUAUUGAGGCUGGGACGUGGAUUUCUGGGCGCGAGGUCGCUAAGAGGGAGAGGCCGGCUACGAAGAGUAGUCCGAUUUUGAUUCAGAGUGAUGGGACUGUGUUUUGA